AUGGUGAGUGUUGUUGCCUUGGUUUUCUUGGGCACCAUGUUUGCAUUAGUAGCAGCAACAAAUGGUGGACAGUAUCCAGCAUUAUUUGCAUUUGGAGAUUCCAUUCUUGAUACCGGAAAUAACAACAACCUUGCAACUUUAACCAAGUCUAAUUUUCCUCCUUACGGAAGAGAUUUUAUUGGAGGAAAACCAACAGGAAGAUUCUGUGAUGGGAAAGUCCCAUCAGAUCUUAUAGCGGGAGAUCUUGGAAUCAAAGGCACGUUACCUGCAUAUCUUGAUCCAAAUUUGCGGAAUGAAGAUCUUUCCACGGGUGUAAGCUUUGCCUCAGGUGGAACAGGAAAUGACGAUCUCACCGCUCAAACACAGGGUGCUUUAUCACUAUCGACACAAAUGAAAAAUUUCCAAGAGUGCAUAGGAAGGCUAAAAGCAUUUAUGGGAGAAGAAAGAGCGAACUACAUAAUAUCAAACAGCUUGUAUCUGCUUUCAUCAGGAAACAAUGAUAUUGCCCUCACUUAUUCUUCACCACUCAGAAGCAGCAUUCCUUUCCCUUUAUACGCUUCUCAAUUAGUUGGCUGGGCCUCGGAUUUCCUCAAGCAACUAUACGAUUCCGGAGCAAGAAAAGUGUGGGUUCUGAGUACAUUGCCAUUGGGGUGCUUGCCGGGAGGUAGAACUGUAGCAGGAGGACCUUUAAGAUUGUGUUCUGAUACUGUUAAUAGAGAAGCUCAAUUAUUCAAUGAUCAAUUAGCAUCGGCUGUUAGUUCUUUACAAGGCACACUUUCUGGUUCUGCCUUUCAAUUCAUUGAUAUCUAUGCUACACUGCUCAAUAUUAUACAAAAUCCUUUUAACUCAGGGUUUCUAAAUGUUGCAAAUGGAUGUUGUGGGACUGGACUGGUUGAGAUUGGAGAGACAUGUAAGUUAGCCCUUGGUUCCUGCCCAAAUCCUGCAGCAUAUGUUUUCUGGGACGCUGGUCAUCCAACUCAAAGAGCCUAUGAGCUCAUAGUCUCUUCUAUACUGCCAAAAUAG